GCGGUGGGGGCCGGACGUAGAGAGGGGGCGCGUGGCUGUCGGCGGGGACGCACCCACUCAGUAGCUGUGUCGCCGGCUGCCUGGGGGCCUGAAUAGUGAGGCUGCGUGGGCCCGACUGCCGGCUAGAGGACUUCAGGUUGCCGGAGAUUGAUGGUUCCAAACAACCGCAGUGUUCUCUGUAGUUCCAGGGGCCAGAAGUCUGAAAUCAAGAGUGGGUAUCCGUGGUCACCAUGAAGCGGCUGCACCCAGCCCUCCCAAGCUGCCUCCUGUUGGUGCUGUUUGGUAUAUGGAGAACUGCCCCCCAGACUCAUGCCUCAUCUGCUGGCCUGCCGCCCCUCAGUGCCACCUCCUUCCUGGAAGAUCUCAUGAACCGUUACGGAAAGAAUGACAGCCUUACCCUGAUGCAGCUCAAGUCCCUGCUCGACCACCUGCAUGUGGGAGUGGGCCGGGAUAAUGUUUCCCAGCCCAAGGACGGGCCCAGGAACCUCUCCACGUGCUUUAGUUCUGGAGACCUCUUUGCUGCCCACAACUUCAGCGAGCGAUCUCAGAUCGGGAUGAGUGAGUUCCAGGAGUUCUGCCCCACCAUUCUCCAGCAAUUGGAUUCCCAGGCCUGCACCUCAGAAAACCAGAAGAAUGAGGAAAAUGAGCAGACAGAGGAGGGGAAGCCAAGUGCCAUUGAAGUAUGGGGGUACGGUCUCCUCUGCGUUACCGUCAUCUCCCUCUGCUCCCUCAUGGGGGCCAGCGUGGUGCCCUUCAUGAAGAAGACUUUUUACAAGAGGCUGCUGCUCUACUUCAUAGCCUUGGCGAUUGGAACCCUCUACUCCAACGCCCUCUUCCAGCUCAUCCCAGAGGCUUUUGGUUUCAACCCUCAGGACAAUUAUGUCUCCAAGUCUGCGGUGGUGUUUGGGGGCUUCUACCUUUUCUUUUUUACAGAAAAGAUCCUGAAGAUGCUCCUGAAGCAGAAAAACGAGCACCAUCACGGGCAUAACCAUUUUACCUCCGAGACACUUCCUUCCAAGAAGGACCAGGAGGAGGGUGUGACGGAGAAGCUACAGAAUGGGGACCUGGAUCACAUGAUCCCUCAGCACUGCAACAGUGAGCUGGAUGGCAGGGCGCCUGGCACGGACGAGAAGGUCAUCGUGGGCUCCAUGUCUGUGCAGGACCUGCAGGCAUCCCAGAGUGCUUGCUACUGGCUCAAAGGGGUCCGAUACUCUGAUAUUGGUACCUUGGCCUGGAUGAUCACCCUGAGCGACGGUCUCCACAAUUUCAUCGAUGGCCUGGCCAUUGGUGCCUCCUUCACUGUGUCUGUCUUCCAAGGCAUCAGCACGUCCGUGGCCAUUCUCUGUGAGGAAUUCCCUCACGAGCUGGGAGACUUCGUCAUCCUGCUCAACGCUGGCAUGAGCAUCCAGCAGGCCCUCUUCUUCAACUUCCUCUCUGCUUGCUGCUGCUACGUGGGUCUGGCCUUUGGCAUCCUGGCUGGCAGCCACUUCUCUGCAAACUGGAUUUUUGCGCUGGCUGGAGGAAUGUUCUUGUAUAUUGCCCUAGCCGAUAUGUUCCCUGAGAUGAAUGAGGUCUGCCAGGAGGAUGAGAAGAAGGACAGCUUUUUGGUCCCCUUUGUCAUCCAGAAUCUUGGCCUCCUAACUGGCUUCUCCAUUAUGCUGGUCCUCACAAUGUAUUCAGGGCAGAUUCAGAUCGGGUAGGACCCUGCCAGCGGGGAGCCAGUGGCAUUGGACUCUGGGCUCUGGGCCCCCUCUGGUCCCUGGCCUGGGGACUCAGCAUCCACAAAGCAUCAUGGAAGAGGCAGCUCUUUAAAAACUGGCAUAGACUGCCUGCCUGCAUCCAGAUGUCAGCUGUUUCAAAUGCUCUGUCCCAGGAAGAAGCUGCCCUGGGAAUCUCUAGGUAGUGCCUCAAACCGUUGUCUCCUCACCCUUUCUUUCCACUGAUAAUUUUGGAACUGCAAUGCCACAUGUAGGACACACUUCCCUUUUCCUUCUGGUCACCCUCCUCCCUUUCUCUUGGAAGAAGCACUGAGAGAUGCAGAAUCUUUUACAAUGUAAAAAUGAAGCCAAUGGUCACGGUUUGGUUAGAAAUAUCAGUGUGGCUUCCAGCUUUGGGGCCUGUGAUUCUAAAUGGGUGUGCCCAGGAUUUCAGGUCAGGCCAUCUUGGCGUGGGUUCUCAUGUUUUUACAGAGAAGAGGGCAGAAGACAAGAAUCCUGUUUCUUUUUUGUUUUUUGUUUUGUUUUUCUGGUCUGUUAACUAUUCUCUGAAAAAGCUGACUUUCCAAUGAGUAGGGCAGGCAGAGAGGCAGAGACCACCUGAGUGAGAAGGAUGUAGAACUGGUGAUGGAUGCCCUGUCUCCUUGGUGCUUGGUUCCCUUUAAGAUGCUGCGUGCUGGUUGUGUGCAGCAUCUGGAAUCACACCAUCAGCCUGGUGAGCCACGGUGGACACUCCGGAGUGGCGAGGGGUCUGCACUAAAUCAGUGGGUUUUGUCCUGAUUCUCACACCUUCCUCUUGGCUUCCUUUUUCUAAAUACUUUUAUAAAUAGUGCCCCUCACUAGGGGCCCAGUCAGAGCACAUAAAGGGGUUUGCAUUAGGAGGGAAAUUGCACAAAUUAAUCUCCCCUGGUCAAGACCUCUGCCCAGUAGAACCUGACUCAUAAAAUCAGGACACAGUUGUUUAUGUCUUUUUGUGACCAAGGAAAUCAGGAAUGGAGUCAUUGCGGGCCAAACUUAGGACUUGCUAAUUGCAAAAAUAAUAGUUAAACACCACAGAACUCUGAACCUUGAGGUCAAAUCUUGAGGUCAGGACUGCAGACGUCAUUGCUACCAGUGGGUUUUAAAGGGCACUGUCUAGCUACCGCUUCCUCCCUGGUCCCAGAAAACAAGAUUGAAUACUGAAUUGAAUUGAGUGUAAAUUGCUUUCAUUUGGUCCAGAAAAAAAAAAAAAAAAAAACCCA